GAGAAAGACAUAGUCACCCGACCAUAUUCUGUCCCGUUUACGGCCGCUCGUACGAUGACCCGCUGUUAGUUAUCGCUGGCGCUACCGCGGUUAUCGCGUCAACAAUGUACCUUUGUGAGUGCUCAUGAUUGAUCGUUCAGCUGUGACGACGAGGAGCACGACAACGUCGACGACGACGACGACGUGGUGGUGGAGGAGGACUAGGGUCCCGUGGGGUGCACGGAACAGCUGAUUGACGCUAACUCCACAAAUCGUGCAAGAUCUUGUUAGGUCGCAAUGGCAGGUUUUGUGCUUCGGGUGAAAACAAAGUCAGGUCAAAAGGUCGUCAAUGGUCUUACCCCUCAGGACAAGACGUUCCAACUGAAGACGAAGCUUGCAGAACUCACUGGAGUGCCUGUUACCGCUCUUCAGGUGCUCGUCGGCUUCCCACCGAAACCCAUCAACCUGGACACCGAUAUUACCAUCGACCGCAUCGGCAUUGUCUCUGGGGACACUCUGAUUGUCGAGGAGAAGCGGAUUAUGUUCAAUGGAGAGGAGCAAAGAUUCGACGAUUAUAGCCGAUCACACAUAGUCGAUCAAGAGAGCUUCAUGGAUGCUCCUGGUGUUCUGAUGAAGAAAGUUGUGCCUGCUGAUAAUUCCUGCCUCUUCACUAGUGUAGGCUACGUCCUGAAUGGAAAAGUCGAUACCAGUUGUGCCAGCUUCAUGAGAGAAAUCAUAGCUAACGCAGUGGCGGCUGACCCAGAGGAAUAUUCGGAGGCAUUUCUGGGUAGACCCAACGCCGAGUACUGCAAGUGGAUCCUCAAGCCCGACUCUUGGGGCGGCGCCAUCGAGCUGUCGAUUCUGUCCAAGUUUUACGGCUUGGAAAUCGCGGUGAUCGACAGUAUCAACGCGAUCAUCAAUAGAUUCGGCGAGGACCAGCAUUACACUCAGAGAGUCUUUCUCAUAUUCGACGGGAUCCAUUAUGAUCCGCUUUAUCUAGAGCCGCUCGAUGGCGGCUGUAUUCAAACGAUCUUCCCCACCGAUGAUGAGAGGAUGUUAUUGGAGGCUGCUGAACUCGCACGAGAGGCGAGAUCGAGUCGUCAAUUCACGGACGUGCAGAAGUUCACGCUGAUUUGCAAUGACUGCAAGAUCAGACUUAACGGACAGAUAGCGGCGCAGCAGCACGCAAAGGAUACCGGCCACAAGAACUUCGGCGAAGUAGCGUAGCCGUGUCGCUCCGCCGAUAAUCCCUCUGGUGAUAGCUAUCCUUGACCCUAAACAGUAUAAACAAUCUCGAGCACUCGCUUUCGACACACAGAUAUCUCGAAAAUUUGUUCGUCAUCAUGUCUCAUUGUUUCGUUGUUGAAAUUUUUCAAUUAUAUUUUUAUUAUUAUUAUAAAUCGCCGCGUAUUCUUCAUUCGAGCGACGGAAGUUUUCGUUAUCUGUUACAACUUCUCGUAUGCAAAUUGAAUGUACGAAAUCUUAGAAUUAUAAAUACGAUAUGAUGCUCGAAAGUACGAUUAAAAAAUAAGAGAGAAGGAAAUUGUAUGUAUAUCUGUUGAUUUUAUUUAAUUAAAAUGAAAUUUAAUUCGAAAGCUUUAUAUAGUUUGUCAUCCGGACGUUCGAAUUCAAUUUAAAAGAUUUAGGAACUCUGGUGCUUCAAAAAUAUCAGAUCAUAAGUGAGAUCUUCAAGUUCGAAGUGCAUUGAACUUCAAUACAGUAGAGACGUUAUAAAAAUUUUACGAAAGUUCUCAAGCAUAAUAUAAAUAUAUAUCUCCUCUUAUAUACAUAUAUAUAUACACGCUCAAUUUCAUGCAGAUUUAUUUUUCUAAUGCAUGAAAACGUAAUGCUGUAAAUAGUAAUACGUGAUUAAUUUCUGCAAAUAAUAUAAUACAAAUGUAGUUAGUGCGCAUACGAGAUAUAUUAUUUUUAUAAAUUAUAUUCUAAAUUAUAUAAUUCUCUCUAUAAUUGACAUAUAUUCUCCCUAGGUAUUCUCUUAAUGAACGAAUUAUAACAUUCUUCGUGUUAUUAUAAGCGUACUUAUGCAAAAAAACGUUGUUGCACGCGUAUUAGCAAUAAUAUUUAAAAAAUAUUUUAUACUGUUUAGGAUUAAGGGAUCGCUGGCGUAAAUAAGCGCAAUAACCUAACGAAAGAAGCUAACGACAAUGUUUUUUACUCGAGUGAGACGCUUGCAAAUAGCAAAUACUUUUCUUGUCAUUAGCGUAAAUCGUAUCCCGUGCAAUUUACAGGAUUGUUAAUACGCAUAAUAUACACAGAUUAUUGAUUUUGACUAAA